UCUGCUUUGUCACCGAGCUUUCGCGCUCUAACGACGUAUUUCUCACAAUUACAACAUUCAUAAUUCUGUGAGCUUUACAGAGGCGUGCCUAAACUGCGACGUGAUUAUUUAAAAAGCAGAGAAACACAAGAAAAUGUCAAACAGUACUUUCUGAAAGAUGACUGGAUUCCCGUGAGGGGAGGGGGGGGGAAAUGCAAGAAAACAACCACGAGACAACACACACACACACACACACCUCUGGUAGGAAAGCACCCGAUUGCGGAGAAACGAACACAAACGAAACCGAAAGGGAAAUCGGCUGACUUUAGCACGUGAUCCGAAAAGUAAAAACAGACCGAGCAGUAAACAAGACUGAAAGUGAGAGAGCCUGAGCUCUAAGCAGGAUCCCUUCCAGCAGUGGGACUUGAAUGCCUGUGGAUUCGCCGGUAUUCAGGUGAAAAAUGCAGCUGAAGAUCCAAAAAACCAUUGUUGAAUUCAUUAAAGGGUUAAGAGAGACAACCUACAGUUCCUGCCUCUUGUACCUGAGUCAUUUCUCCCUUGCUAUUGGUUAUAAUGCUUUGCUAUUAUAUGCCCUUGUCUUGGAAGCUGGGAAUAUCGUCAAUCUUCCCACCAAAAGAAUUGGCUUCUACAAUUUCUGUUUGUGGAAUCAGAAAGGAGAACUGGAUUGCCUUAUGAUCGAAGAAAUAGAGAAACUGGGAAUCAGCAAGGUUGCACUGGUGCUAUCAAGACUCUGUGUAUAUAUCAGCCCGGUUUUGUGUCUCUUCAGUGCCAGUACAAUCAUGCAGCAGGCCCUGUGUUUCAGAGACAGAGAUGGGUGGAAACUGGCUCAGAUUCUUCUGUCCGUUAGCAGUGUGAGUUUGCCUGUUGGUCUCAUUUUGUUUAUCUUUCCCAGUCAGAAAUGGAUUCAAGUCUCUGAACUCAGUGAGGGAUUUGCAGCCCUAUGUGGAGCUUACGUUUUACUUCUCCACCACCUGCUCAUAAUUACCUUGCAAAGUACAGACACUCUUCAUAAGAGACCUCUCACUGCUGCCAAGAGCCUUCCAUGAGUUUUUGUUCAAUUGACACACUGAACUGCAAAAUAGACUACAAGAAUUUGUCAUGCAACACCAUCCUCUGUUUAUUUAUGGUUCAGUGAACUGAGCGUGAACCCAGAAAAUUGAGUUCAAUAAAUCUUAGUUGGAUAUGGAAUAAUUUGUGUGACAAAUGUGAGGCAACAUCUGAAUCUAACACACACUGUAGUGAGUUGAGUGGCGGAGAAUGCUUUCCAACAUAAGUGAACUGGAAGGGAGGUAACACUCUUAACACAUACACUUAAUGCAUAGCUUCCCCUAUUUCAAAGGCUGGAAGAUCAACUAAAGUGCUCUCAAGAGGAACCACACCUAGAUUUAAGAAUGUACUAAGUUUGAGAAAAGGAUUAAGGUAAAAAGGAGUAAAGCAUUAAAGCUCCAUAAAAUCCUCCCACAAACUGUUUUUAGUCUUCUAUUUUUGGAGCAUAGUCCUUGCCAUACGAAGCAUGGUAUGGCCUAUAAACUCAGAGAGGGAGAGGGAGCGGGAGAGAGAGAGAGAGGGAGAGAAAGAGAGAAUUUCCAUUGCUGAAAACGAUUAUUAGUUGAAUCCUACCACAUAACUGAAGACUUAUUCAGUCUCCACAAGUAUUAUAGGUAUAUCUCUCUUAAUAUUUGGUUAUUGUGCAAAUAAUAUUUGGUUAUUGUGCAAAUAAAAUGGUGGUAAGAUUAUCUACAUACCAAUGUAUAGCCGUUAAGCCUUAAAUGGGAAAUGUUUCUUUCCCCAGGGUUCUAAUUGUAUGUGAAAAAUGCUGAGCUUUCGAUUAAAACUGAAUUAUUUGUAUUUUUAUAUUAGUAUAUGCUAAGUCCAUCUUUCUGUCAACUGACUUUCUGAUAGAAACAAAAUAAUUCGUAAAUAAAACAAUCUUAAUUAUUAA